AUGAGUUUAGUCUACGCUCGUAAUUUGUAUCUGCACAAUGUCCACUCCAGUUUCUGUUUAGAAGGCUCAGGUUUCAUUCUUGUUGAUGUUGAUGAGCUUGAGAUUCAUAAAGGAAUAGACAAAGCUCCGAGACAACAACUCUUGUCACACUUUAUUCGUCUUUCUCAUUCUUCGGUCGAUUGCUUUCAGCAACACCAGACUAUAUCAGAGCAUGCAGCUGAGAUGGUGCGAGCAACACAUACACUUAAGGAGAGUGAAUACUUGGAAAGCUCUGUACAUGGAAGAAAAGAUGACGUGCCAAAGAGGCUUUCACAAGUAUAUGCGAAAGGUGGAGAGAAAAUGAAACUAAGGCUCAGGAUUAUGAAAUUAGGUUUUGCUAGUUCUAGGGAUUUAGUAUAA